AUGACUUCUCUCUCAAAGCCAUUGAUUUUGGGCUUUCCGUGUUCUUCAAACCAGCCAAGUCAUAGAAUUUUCAAACUUUGCUCAAUCUGCAACUUUCUUUCAGGUCAAAUAUUCGAGGAUGUGGUUGGAAGUCCUUAUUACGUUGCCCCUGAGGUUCUGCUGAAGCACUAUGGACCAGAGGCUGAUGUGUGGACUGCAGGGGUCAUACUGUACAUACUGGUGAGCGGAGUCCCUCCCUUCUGGGCAGAGACACAGCAAGGGAUAUUCGAUGCAGUGCUCAAGGGACAUAUUGACUUCGACUCUGACCCUUGGCCCCUAAUAUCUGACUCUGCAAAACACGGAUCAUGCUAUGUUCCCGGCCCUCUGAGCGUCUCACAGCUCAUCAAGUAUUGCGUAUGUCUCGUACCAUUUCAUUCUUGUUUCACGUCCUGCACUGCUUUCUUACAUCCUUGGAUUUGUGAAAACGGAGUUGCGCCAGACAGAGCACUAGAUCCUGCGGUGCUAUCCCGUCUUAAGCAGUUCUCUGCCAUGAAUAAACUAAAGCAGAUGGCUUUAAGAGUAAUAGCUGAGAGUCUCUCUGAAGAAGAAAUAGCUGGACUAAAGGAAAUGUUCAAAGCCAUGGACACCGAUAACAGUGGAGCGAUUAGGCGAUUACAUUUGACGAGCUAA